AGCUCCACUAUAUAAGGAGGAGACCGUGAAAAGGCUCCAGAAGCCCAAGAGAAGGAGGACGCCAGUCGAUGCAAACCAAAACUUCCUCUCCAAGCAAUCGUCUGAAAAGAGGCUCAAAUAAUGAGAAGUGCUCAGUCUCUCGCUGGAGUCCUGCUCCUCAUCCUCAUACAAAGCAGCUGGCAGGUGCCUGUCCAGGACGCCGACCGAACAUCUGGGUCAUUGAGUGAAAACUCAAUGUUCAGUGAUCCAAUUGAUUUCCCAAAUGUGAAGAGGCACUCAGAGGGAACCUUUUCCAAUGACUACAGUAAAUAUCUGGAGACAAGGAGAGCACAAGACUUUGUCCAGUGGCUGAAGAAUUCCAAAAGGAACGGGAGCGUGCUCAGACGCCACGCAGACGGGACCUACACCAGCGAUGUGAGCUCCUACCUGCAGGACCAGGCAGCCAAAGAGUUUGUCUCAUGGCUGAAAACCGGCCGAGGCAGAAGAGACUAAACUCCCUGCUCCACUCUUCCUGCCAUUGCCCUUUUUUAAAAUAAUGCAGCUACUUGCAGCACUAAUUGUGUGCCAGUAUAUGUUGCAUAAUCUGUACUCCACAUAUUUAUGUCGAGACUAUUAAAUCCUCCUUCACGAGAAGCCUUAAUGUUCGACAAAACAAUUAAAAUAUAUCUCUUUUUCCCACAUGUUGUCAUUUUUAUUCUUUUGUUUAAAUAAAUUUGUAUGAAUCAAAGAAUGUUAUUGACACAAAACUGAGUUUCCUUUAUUCUAAAUGAAUCAGAAGACAUGAUUUGUAUGUUCAACUUCUUAAAAAGAAUAAAGUAAAUGAAUACACAAGA